AUGGCUGAUAACAAGAAAGUGGAAUGGAGGAUCAAGAUGGCAAAUGGUUCAUCAGAGAAAGCAGGGCAAGCUUGCAUGUGGGGAGUUAUAUCAGCUCUUGCUUUCAAGGUGUGCAAUUUUCUUAAGAAAGCAUGGGAAUUAGGGGUGAAUGACCCUAGAAAAUUCAUCCAUUGCUUGAAGGUAGGGAUAGCACUUACCACUGUUUCACUUGUCUACUACAUGAAGCCUUUGUAUGAUGGAUUUGGAGGAAAUGCUAUAUGGGCAGUUAUAACAGUGGUUGUAGUGUUUGAGUACACAGCAGGUGCUACAAUAUGUAAAUCUAUAAACAGGAUCUGUGGAACUUCCCUUGCUGGGUUACUAGGCAUUGGUGUUCAUUGGGUUGCUAGUAGAGCUGGAAAGCAAUUUGAACCGUUUAUUGUUGGCGUCUCAGUCUUUCUCUUAGCUUCUGCAGCAACAUUCUCUAGAUUCAUCCCCACCAUAAAGGCUCGUUUUGAUUAUGGUGCAGUGAUAUUCAUCCUCACUUUCAGCUUGGUUUCAGUAUCUGGUUAUAGGAUUGAUAAAUUGUUGGAUCUGGCACAAGAAAGGUUAUCCACCGUUAUAAUUGGCACUAUCUUAUGCAUAAUAGUCAGCAUGUCCAUUCGCCCCAUUUGGGCUGGUCAAGAGCUACAUGUUUUAACCACCGGAAACUUAGACAAACUGGCCAAUUCCUUACAAGGUUGUGUUGCUCAGUACUUUAGUUCUAGCGAAGCCCAAGAAACAGUAUGUGAUGAAGUGUGUGACAAAAAGUUGCUAGGUUACAAGUGUAUUCUAAGUUCCAAAGCAUCAGAAGAUUCUAUGGCUAAUUUUGCAAGAUGGGAACCUGCCCAUGGUCACUUCAACUUCCGCCAUCCAUGGAGGCAGUAUCUUAAAAUUGGAGCAUCCAUGCGCACUUGUGCUUCUGUCAUAGAUGCUCUUAUUGGAUGCAUUAAUUCAGAAAAUAAGGUCACCAAUGACGUCAAGAAUCACAUUAGCAACAUUUCACUGAAAGUGGGAGCCAACUCUGCAGGGGUCAUAAGAGAGCUAGUGAAUACAAUAAGGAAUAUGAAAAAAUCAUCUGAAGUUGGUGUUUUAGUUGCAGAGAUGAAUAGUGCUGCACAAGAGCUCCAAGAUGUACUAAAAUCUUAUCCAAAUUUGGUUAACACACCCCCAUCACAUAAUGACCAAGGCACAGAAACAGAACAAGCAUCCUCAUCCUCUGGGGAAGAAUUGGCUCCAAAAAUUGAAAUCUCACUCAUGGAUGUUAUUCAAGUGGGAACUGUAGCUUCUUUGCUUAUUGAAAUUGUAGCACGUGUGGAACACAUUGUGAGCACUGUUGAAGAACUAUCAGAGUUAGCAGAAUUCGAGCCAGUGAUGUGCAUCAAAUCUAAACAAAAUAUAGAAGACAAUAACAAGUCCUUCCUGAACGAACAGAAAGAUGAUGAAGACAUGAAAACACUCCAAAUAGUCUGA